ACAUGAAUAGUGUAGGUGUUGUGAAUGAGGACAGGAUCAGUGAGUUGCCUGAAGCUCUGAUUUUGCAGAUAUUGUCUCUGCUUCCUACAAAACUUUCCAUAGCCACGAGCGUUUUGUCUAAACAAUGGCAGUCUCGUUGGAAGAUGCUGCCUAAACUCAAGUUUGAUUGCUGUCGCGGACUUGAACUCGGGAAUGUUUUCAGGACUUUGCUUUCUCACAAUGCUCCCGUUUUACAGAGUUUUCAUCUCAAUGUUCGUUUAGGUACAUGUAACAGUGUACUGGACACUGGAAUCAUUACUGGACUUGCAUUAGCCCGCAAUGUGCGUGAGUUGGUACUCGAAGUUGAAUCUGACACGUUUUUCACGUUUCCUAGAUGCUUGUAUAACUGUGAAACACUAGAGACUUUGAAACUCAAGACUAGGGCGGCUAUUACGGAUGUCCCUUCAACAGUGUGUAUGAAAUCCCUCAGAACUCUGCACCUUGACGGUGUGGACUUCAACGACGAUGAUUCUGUUCUUAACCUUUUAUCUGGCUGCCCUAACCUUGAAAAUUUGGAAGUGCAUAGAGAUCUAGGUACCAGUGUGAAAACUUACAUUAUUGCAGUGCCAUCCUUGCAGAGACUAUCAAUUUAUAAUAACUAUCGUGGAAAUCAACAUUAUGUGAUAAGUGCUCCUUCUUUGAAAUACUUGAAGAUUCUAUGGUUCAAUGCUCCGGAGUCUUGUUUGAUUCAGAACGUACCUGAACUGGUGGAGGCCAGUUUAACUAAUCUAGAUAACAUAAUCGAUGAGAACCUUCUGGGAUCUCUCACUUCAGUCAAACGUCUUUCCUUGGCUUUAUCACCCGUGAAGGUGAAGUUUCCUACCCGUAGCAUCAUCUUCAACCAUCUUGUAUACUUGGAACUAUUUACAACUAAAGUAACGUGGUGGAAUCUUCUUACCCUCAUGCUCGAUAGUUCUCCUAAAUUGCAAGUCCUCAAACUCAACAAUAUUUGCUGA